UAGUGCUGUAUUGGUGUUUCCUCCACCCUCCAGAGGCAGCAUCUGUAGGGCGCACGGAGCUCACAGCGCUUUUACAUGCACACUACAGCUCAGACACAGCACCGGCUCUCUCUCAGUCUCGUCGGAAUUUGCUGUUAGUCUACUUGAAUUCAUUCAGACGCGCUGCUCGGCGCUGCCAUGCCGGAAGCGGAGGGAUCAGGCCGGACUCCGCAGGGUGUCCCCUACAGCGAGCUACCGCACAUCAUCAACGCUGACGGACUGCACCUGUUCUGCCGAUACUGGGAACCAGAAGGACCGCCGAAGGCGCUGGUGUUUGUGGCACACGGGGCUGGAGAGCACUGCAGCACGUACGCCGACGUCGCUCACACACUGACCCAACACUCCCUGUUUGUGUUCGCCCAUGACCACGUGGGACAUGGGCAGAGUGAAGGGGAGAGGAUGAAUAUUAAAAACUUUCAGAUCUACAUCAGAGACUGUCUGCAGCACAUCGACCUGAUAAGAGCGCGCUACCCCAGCCUGCCCGUCUUCAUCCUCGGCCACUCGAUGGGGGGUGCUAUCUCUAUUUUGACUGCGUGUGAGAGGCCACAGGAUUUCGCCGGCGUGGUUCUGAUAGCACCCAUGAUCCAGAUGAACCCAGAAUCUGCCACACCCUUCAAGGUUUUCAUCGCUAAAGUCCUGAACCAUAUGGCUCCCGGCCUCUCUAUCGGCUCCAUUGAUCCCAAGCUGGUCUCCCGGGACCCGAAACAGGUGCAAGCAUAUGAAUCAGAUGAGCUGGUUUAUCACGGAGGUCUUCGCGUGUCGUUCGGAAUGCAGCUGAUGGCUGCUUCAAGCCGCAUCGAAACAGAGCUUCCCAAUAUCUCCUGGCCUUUUCUGCUUCUGCACGGAACUGCUGACAAGCUCUGCGAUAUCAGAGGAUCCAAUCUCAUGUACAACCAGGCUAAGAGCACCGACAAAAAAAUGAAGGUAUAUGACGAAGCCUACCAUGCCCUGCACCAUGAAUUGCCUGAGACAGCGGAGUCCGUCCUUCAGGAAGUGAUCACCUGGAUUAUCGAGCGUCUUCCUGCCCCCUCUGGGCCUUAACUGUCUAUCUUCCCAUUAACAACACAUCUUUGAAUAGGCCCUAUAUCUCUGACUAUUUUCACCUCUCUCCUCUCUGUUUACACUACUACUCCUGUUGGGGUGUAUCCAAACUCAAUUAUGUUCAUUAUUAACAAUCUAGGAGAGGUCAGGGGUCACCACUCUCUCUCUCACCAUUGGCACCAAGGUCAAAGCUUUGAUGUUUAGGUCUAGAGUGUCUAGCUUGUCUUUUCAUCUCACUCCACACUUCUUGUCACCACGGGGUGCGGCUCACAUGUUACCAUGUCACUCAUCAGGAGUCCCAUAAUGAGCACAGCUGCCCCCAACACCCAGCCUUUCUUUUGUAUGUUGCCACGGUAACAAAGCAGGUGCCCUUUGUCCUCCUUUUUUCUUUUCUUUGAUGUUAGGUCCUCAGCCUGGGUUGAGCUGCUGUGCUGUAACUCUGCUGCCCCCGCUGGACAACAGCGGCACUGCGGACUUCAAUCAUCCCAGUUACCAUGGCAACAACAUAAAAUACUAGCAGGGAAAAAAUGAAUCAAUUAUAAAACAGGGUGUCAUGGUAACCAAGUGAGAGAGGACAGGGGAUAGAGAGUGAUAGAUCUGUUUGUGGAGCGAUGUUAGCUGGAUGUUCAGUGAGAGGAAUGAAUCAGUGUGAAAAUUUAGAGCAUGGCAGCUGCGAGGGAACACCCUCGUGUCCUGAUCAGUCACAUAGAUUAAAUCCACACACAAUGCUUAUGCAUACACGCAGGCAGCAAACACACCGCCCGCCACAAACAGAACAUCCAAUUGGCUAUUUAUAUAUGAUAUGGCAAUAUGUCAAACCUGUAAUAUCUGAGCCUUGUUUGCUCUUGACUGAUUACUGUUUAAACGACUACAGACUGUUCCAUUGCCAUGUAUUCGGGGGGGGGGGGGGGAUUGAGGUGGCGAUGACUGUUUUCUAACAUUGUGUCAACAACCUGAAUGCUGAAUGUUUAUUGGCAGUUGAUGCCUCCUCACAGAAUCAGAAAGCAUCACAUCCCUAAUGUGCGUUGUUACUGAUCUAUAGCUUUGUGUAUCAGUUACUGUUAAUCCAAAAAUCCACAUAUUAUUGCAAUAGUUAUGUUUUCAGUGAUCUAAAUGUGAGUUGGCAAUCAGCCGGGAAAAAACAAGAUUUGUCGAUAGAGAAAAUGUGACUUUUAGGAUCCACUAAUCUCAGUACUGUCUUAGCACUUAUGCUGACAAAAAGGAUGUUGGUUACACAUUCUUCUAAUAUUUUAGAGACUAUUUAUUGGUUUAAUAAGGGACACAUUUUCUGAUCAACUCAUAAUUUGUCUUUUAACAUUUAUUUGAAGGUCUUUAAGGUUUGCUGGCCCUGUAAUUCUUGAAAGUAAUAUGUUUUAUGAGAUACUAUAUGUGGGCACAACUACGAUAUAUUAUUAGGGUUUUUUUUUUUUUUGGUUUUUAAUAUUUGCACAAUAAUGUAAAUACAUUUGCAUUUACACUAUUUUCCUAAGCACUGAAGUACUUGUAUACAGUAUCUUCUUUGUUCAAAAAGAAACUUUUCAACAAAAUGAAGAUCGUACCAGGAGAUAUAUUAUAAUAUUGUUUAAAGGGAAUCUAGUAAAAAACAAAAAUGUGUAGAAAAUUAGUUCUGAUUCCAGAAGAAGCUGUUGUAGCUUAAUUUCCAGCUUACUGAAGUUUGUUUAGGUCUGUACAUAUUAUAUUUGAGCGGUUUGAUGUUGGAGGUUGGCUGUUUUUUUCUUAUUGCAAAAACAACAGUUACAGUUAACUAAUUUUAUAAAUGCAUAACAGUGUAACAGUACGACAAAAUAUCUAAUAUCUAUUUCUCACAUUGCUAUCCUUCAAAAAGAAAGAGACAGACAGUACAUUCGUGAGAUCUUAAGGCUUUGGAAUUCUGAGAAAUAUCUCUGAACUGUUUCUUUUUACCAGAUCUUACCAUGCUGUGUUUUUUUUUAGCCUUGUUUUAUAGCAGUUGGAUGAUUCUAGUCCCUUUUUGUUUUUGGCAAAUAACACAGGUGCUGAUCUGAUGCACAUGUACGUCUGGUAUAUGCAAAAUUGAUCAGUUGAUGCUUUUAUUGAAGUGAAUUUUGUCUAGAGCGCUCAGCUAAAAUUCAGUGGUCAAUAACAGAACGUUCUUCCCCGUGCAGAGCCUCACGCUGUGCAGGUUGUACAAUAAUCUGGUCUCAGGGAGCAAGUCUUUUAGUGCAGCUAAUUUCACCCAAUUAAUAAAACAUAGUAAAAUGUUCAGCAUUGAUAGGUGUCCCAUCUGAUCUGAAAUUUAAAAUGGGUCAAUAAAAUGCAUUAAUGAUUAAUUUAUAUAAUAAUAAUAAUAAUAAUAAUAAUAAUAAUAAUAAUAAUAAUAAUAAUUUCUGUAUAAGCAUUACGAUCUAAAGCGAUGUCUUUUUUGUAGAAAUAUGAAUAGUCAAUGCGAUGAUGCUUUAGAAUUCAUGACUGUUUUUGUAAACAUUCAAGAAGGUUUGUGGACAUGCUUGAGCAACAUAGUAGCAGAAGGCACCCUAACAGAUCCAGGAAAAGAAACCGUCUCGUUACUAUGAGCCACCAUGUCAGAUUACAUUACAACAGCCUUGUCCUUGCAUGCAUCUUUAAUGAUUAUACACCACGUAAAAUGCAGAGUACUCUCAUUCUUGCCGUCUAACACAGAAAUGUGCAACUUUGUGUUUGCAGUAUCUCAGAAACAAAGCUAUCGAUAGCUAGUCAUCACUGGAUCCACUCUGUCGCAGUAAAACUCACCGGCAGCAUGGCUUUCAAAAUCUCCAUCCGCCAGUGAUCAAAAGCUAUCAAGUGGUUUAUGAUUGGUCUUUUGAAAUCCAGUCUUGCAGCACUGUAGGCAGUUCUACUGCACCUUCUAAUGUGAACUCCAGCCUUUGUGCGAGUCUGGUGUGAGAAAGUUUUUAGACUACUGUUUGUAUAUGCAUGUAAAAUAAACUUUUUCAUUUCUACUAAUGAUUGUAAUAUAAUUCGGAGAACAAUAUCGUGAUUGAAUUGUAUCAUUUUGACAUCAUGGCCAGUAGAUAAAUAAAUGAAGACUGUUACAAGA